CGUACUGGCACUCGUAGUAAAGGAAAGGAGCGCCGCUGACUUGUUGACUCGUCGUUCUUCAACAGAAGAAGUGUUUCUUAUUCUUAAAAGUAUUCACCUUCUACUAUUCCUAGAAUGAACUUGAACUUUAGACCUCGCUCUUCUGAAAGUGAGAAGUUGUUUCUACUGGAGGUAUUUGUUAAUACAUAGAAGGAGGUUUGGCGCCGGCACAGAAUAAGGAUGUUUCAACCGGGGAAACGGACGUUCGGGUUGGAGUUUUCUCCACAGCCCCUCGGGUCCGGGCUCCAGCUCGGUCGAGGGACACGACACACGACGCAUGGUGGCACAGGACCGCUUUUUGGUGGUGCACAAGCUCCGCAGAUAGGACAGGCACAGAACAAUACAGGUGGAGCUCCUUCUGAUAUGGCCGAAGGGUUUUAAGGUUCCUCUUUCUUUAUCAUGUUUGUUGUACUAGUACUACUAGUGGCCGUGUUAUGGUUUUUUUUAGAUCCUUCAGGAUCAGGAGUGCGUGUCAACAACUACUAGAAGGUCGUGAACAAGGAUUUCUUAUGACGAAAUCCUACAUCUGUUGAAACAGCGUUAAUACUGCACCAAGCGGGGGACCAAUGCAGCAGGUGCACACACCAGUUUCCGGCGGACACUCAAAGCAGGGUCAUUCGUCUUCAAGUCACAAAAUGAAGAACGCGACACGGGGAGGCGGCCUCAAUUCCAAUUUACUUAUGGAAACAGUUCUUGAGAUUUUGAUGCGUUGAUUACUUGAGCACUAGGUGGGACAGUUGUCAUUUUUUCUAGUUAGGUCGGCUCCACCACAAUUAUAAGAACAAUAAGGGUCUCACUGUUAAAUGAGCAGGAGUCGCCUACUUUCCCUUUGUAUUAGAUUUCUAAGGCACUAGGCGGUGGAAGCUUGCAGUCAGGUGGUGCGACGUCAUCAACAUUCGGCCAAAGUCCUGACGUGCGAGCCCAGAGGCAACAACAGGUCCUCCCGAGUCCGACGUACGCACUGCAGCAUAAGGCUGUAUUAUUCAUUGUAUGGUGAAGAUUUGUUGAAUAUUUUUUGCCAUUUAUUUGGUUUGAUAGUUUCGACGUUGUAACUCAGCCUCCAUGUGUAUUUGUUGUCGUCAACAUUGUGUCCAGCUGUAACAUGAUGGGGUCACGAUAUGAUCAAAGUGAGGUGCACAUCACACGCAUACGUAAUCAAUGAAUUCGAUGAUAACUACAGGACCUUGCUCGGCAACUUUCGCAAUCAGAAGCUGCCAAUGCUGAACUGAGUAGAGAGCUGGAGGCAGUCCGAGAGGAGCAGAAGCAGGCGAAUGAAAAGAACGCAGAAAUAACAAAUAUCCUUGAGUUAUGAGGAAGAGAGUAGAUGGCUGGUUGAGCUAGAGUAGACAUUCUGUAACAGAAUGUGAACAUCACUAGUAGGAUUGCACAAUACGAAAAAUACCGUAGAUAUAAUGCAUACCACGGCGCUUAUGCACGACUCACACACUCAAGAUAAUUAUAGCCAAUCAUGAUCAAGAACCCGCAUGUACUUCUUGAAAAUACCUGUACCCGUCUUCGACUUCUCUUUCUUCAGUCUAAUGCUUGGCCUGGAGCAGCAGUUUAGCCAGGUGCUCGGCGACAAAGAGAAAGCAGAGGAUGAAGCGAAGCGCAUGGCAGUCGAAGUCGAGAAGUAUCGGGAAGAAAAGAAAGGUAUUGAUUCCCGACAGUUUCGUAUUUGCUGUUUUACAGCAAAAGUUGUUGUAGGCGACGCACAUGAGUGACAGAAACACAGGACGAGUCAGUUAGAGAUUCUUUGUUACUUGUUAAAAAUCCCUAAUAUUUAAACGACCAUUUAUCCAGAGCGGUGUCGGCAAGUGCAGGAGCAGCAGCGCGAGACCAGGAGACAUAUGUGCAACGUGGAAGAGAACUUAAGUAAGCAUCAAGCGCAACUACUUCUGCUGGAGCAGAGAAAUGCUGAGUUGACGGAUGAUCUCCACGAGGCUCGCGAGCAACUAGCCAAUACGCAGGACGAAGAUCACGUCUCACGUUUAGCCUCCGACCUAGAAACGGCGCUUAACAAAAUCGGUACCCGAAGAAUAGUCGUAAUCCUCCUAGUACGAAGAUGAAGAGCACAAGUAGAUCGAUAAGAUUUCUGAGUAUAAGGUGGAAGCUGUUAACAUUAGUAAUAUGCAAAUCAAUCCAUAUAGAUACAAGAAAGUCGAAGUCGACACACUGUAGCAUCAAAAAGUCGAGAUCAUGAACGACAAUCUUCACCACGAGGACCGUGUUCUCAGUGAUCUGUAGUAACUACAUUGCACCAAAACCAAUCAGACUUCCUGCAGAAGAAGCUGGAUACGCAGGACGCUCAAUUUGCUUCUCCGCGUGGUGGGGCGUCGAAUAAAAGCGAGAUGAACGAGAUAACAGCGUUAGAAUACUGGAGGUUACGGGAGAAAGUCCAAAAGGAGGAGGCCCAAUCGCAAGCGAGAGCAGAGCAGAAGGAGCAAGCUGCAAGGCAAAUGCGCACUGAGGCGGAAAAAGCGCUCAAACAAGCCAAUGCGGAGUUAUGACAUUUCCUUUCUUCUUAGAAAUGCUCUACUGCUGUUCUAGUUGUAAGAGAGGGAGAGCAAAUCUACCACGUACAUCUUCAAACCUUAACCUCUAUUUGAAAGUACACCACGACUAGAAUUAGAAAAUACACAAGCUUCAGUUCAUCUUCUUGUAGGUAUUUUUUAGUGUUGUUAGGAACUACCGACUGGUCUAAAGGUGUCCAAAGAAGCCGGCCGAAGAGUGCGAGAGGCGGAACGUAGCGCAGAAGAGGCGGUAUUUUGGGACUAGCUAUUUUGCGUGUGAGGAGUUACUGACCUGAUGAUCAAUUUCAUAUGGCCAGAAUUACUUUAUUUUUUCUCAUCUGCUACAGAAUCGGCUUCUGCAGACACGGAAUCAUCGAAUUGAGGAGCUCACCGACAAAUUGAACGAAGUGGAAGCUGAGGGCAGUCAAAAGGAGGUGAAGAUCGAAGAGCUCGAGGAUUUGCUUGACAGGCGCGAAGCAGAGCAUGGCCGAGAACUCAAACGCAUGACUGAAAGUGCAACUAGCCAGCUGAAGCAAAUCGAUGCGUAUCUACUAAAAUCGUUUUGCUUCUGACCUUCAAGAACGGAUGAGAUGAGGUUAUCGUUCCUGCUAAAAAAUAUGUACUGCAGCAAUGGCAAAAAUUUCAAUCCGCGUUUGUAGUAUGCAUGCAAUUGAUGGUAGUUGACAGUUAGCUCCCUGCUGUCUCCCUCCAUAGAUAAUGUGAAUGAUGUUGCUUGUCUUCACCUUGUCCGUCAGCUUAGAGAUGGAGUUAGACUCCGUGCAGCAGGAAUGGCAAGAAAGGCACCAGAAGGAAUGUGAUAUGCUAGAGGAGGAGAAGCAAGGCAUUGCGAAAGAUCUAGCAAUUAAGGCGUGAAUAUUUUUGAAGACUGAGUUUUUCCAGGAGGAUCUUGUUUCUUUGUUUGUUUCUUUGUUUCUUUGUUUGUAUUGAUGCGCUCCGGGCAACGCGUACGAUCCCGCCGGAUUUCUUUGAGCUUCGUGCUUUUUGUGCUACGGUCCCAGGAGCAUCUUCUUCGAGAUGUUUUCUCUUCUUGUUUAUUAACCUGUAAGAUGAACAGUUUUGAUGAUGAUGAUGAUGAUGAUGAUAUUUUAUGUUGAUACUAGGUUCUCUACCAGGAUGGUAUUUUUCACUAGGCCUCGCUCUAACGCAAAUUUGCAGCAUGAAAAGGCGUCACUUCUGGGCAAGUUGCAGGACGAAAAAUCCCGUGUCUCUGAGGAACGAGACCGCGCACGCGCAGAGGCUGAACGGCUCCAGACCGACUGUGAAAACCGUAUCUCACGAGCAGAAGCGGAUAGGGAGAAUCGCCUGAAAAAACAAGAAUUAUGCACAGUGGUCUUAGUUAUGCCUAUCUGUCACUGGUUGAAGCUAGAGUUACACUUCGACCCGUUAUUUUAUCCAGAGUACUUGAGGCAACUAGAAGGCCACCAAGGUAAAGAGAUUGAGAUGAUCGGAGUAAGAAACUGCGUACAACUUCUAAAACCAGCUGAAUUUGAAAAGGAGAGGGAGCAAUUGAAUGCUGAUUGGAACCGUGAACGGCAACAACUAGAAGGCGAAUGGAGUAGAGAGCGGGCAGACAACGAUCGCCAAACCGCGGAGCUCAACAAAAAACUCGCAGAGCAGAAGCGCGAUAUAGAUCUUGAAAGGAAAGAGCGGGAGGCCGAUCGAAGACAGCAUUUAUGACUGCUUAGUUUCUAUAAUACUCGUCAUAGUUGUAUGUCCCCUAAUCAGUGUCUUUUCAUCUUCUUCAUCUAGUCCUUGUCCGUCUUCCAUGUGUCCUUGUCCCUCUUCCCCUGUUCAUGCUUCGAGAAGGAUUUCCGUGCCAUCGAAGAGCGUAUGACAGGUGCACACCAAAAGCAUGUAGACCAGAUCAUGCGAGAGCGAAAAGAGGAGGUUGACAAACUUGUAAAAGAACGGAAGCAGGACAAAGAAUCUUGGUCGCGAGAAAAGCGUGAUUUGGAAAGUGAUGCGGUACUAGAUGUCCCACUAACUCUCUAGUACGUUUGGUGUCUAAUCAGGACAUCUUCCCAAAAAUCCUUUCUAGUUGUACUACUGCGACAUGAAAACUACUACAUUGAAAUUGAUUUAUAUUCUUGUGUGCGUACUACUAGGUACUACUAGAUCAUGGUCAAGAUACAUCAUACAUGAAUGAUGUACAACACGACGUACAACACGACGAGGACAAACCAUUAUUUAAAAUAGACUUACUUCUUUUUCGAAAAUUCCCGCACCCGUAGGCCGCUCGCGAGAAGGAGUUAGCCGUUCUUCGGAGGGACACGGAGAGUCUCCAGAAAGACCUUGCGGAAGGGAGUAGAGAACGAAGUACCCUAUCAAGGGAUCUGCAAGCUCGGGAAUUGGAGCUCGAAUCUACCCAACAACGUCUCAAGGACGAGCAAAAGGCGAGAAACGACGCUGAGAGAGACCGAGAGGAUGCGGGGAAAGAAGUAUUUCAAUUUGUAUUGGUAUUCCUCAAUCCUAUCGUUGCCCUGCUGGUGCUGCCACCAGGCGUAAGCUGAUAUUCGUGAAAAUUUUGUUUGCGUGUUGGAAUUUAAAAACAAGCAUCAAGAAGAGGUAGAGGAUAAGUCUGAUAACAAACGGUAUUAUAACAAAUAGGACUUCUUCUAGUCUCGGAACAACUUUUUCAGGUCAGCGAAUUUGCGGAGCAGUUGCAAGAAGCUAGUGAACGAAUAGUUGAGCUAGAAAAACAGCAGCGAGAGCUGGAGUACUCGCAAGAAAAAGUUAUGGAGCGAAUAAAAUGGAUGAAUAGAGUCUGUUGAGAAGACGAAAUAUCUUCCUUUAUCUGAAUUUGAUCGCUAGUAGAGUUGGUCCUCUAUUCUUACUUCACAUGCAUACCAUCCUCAUCUCAUGGCCAGUCGUGUCCUACCUCCUCUUAACAAAUUCAAUGUUGUCAUUUCCUCCCUUCUAAUAAGUAGAGGAAGAAGAUCGAGCAGGAGCGGGACGCGGCACUGAAAAAAGUAGAGGAUGAAUGCGGUGCAAAGAGGGAAGAGGAGAGACAACGCGCAGAGGCAGACCUUCAACAAGCCAAAAAGAGUUUAUCAGACGCAGAGGCAGCUUGGGCAAGGGAAAAAACAGAACUCAUGGUAGUACUGUUGUUCGGCUAAUUUCUUACUAAUAUUUUCAACAUCAGAGAAAUCCGAAGAACACAGAAGAGAUUCGGGGAAGUCGUAGGUCCAGUCCGAACCGACUAACACCAUCAGAAGUUACUAACAUUUUAUUACGUGGUUACAGGUGUUGGUCUACGUCUACUUGGUACUAUUCGUAUUGAUUCAAAGUCAAAUAGUUAAGUAGUAGAAAAAUCGUUUCUAUUAACAACAACUUGGUCGCAACGAGAACGAAUUUGUACUUCCUUCUUGGCAACAAAAACCACAGCAAGAAAUCGAAGUAUUGGAGUUGAACCAGGACGGUUGCUUGAAGGCAGAGUACGAACCAGACACCAGCGUCGCAUUUGCUCCACAGGACGCGCUAAAGUGGCAGAGCGAGCGUGAACUGGAGUUGUGCCGAGAAAACGCGAAAUUGAUGGGAGAAGUGCGUAUGUUCGAGCGCAAAUUCAAGUGGUCGUAUUCGGUGAAGGGCUGAUGUUCACUAGUAAGCUGAACACAGAUUCACGUUGUCGUGAAGAUGCAACAACUAGCCAUUGUGAUGCAGUAUCCUGAGACGAAACGGAAGGGAGCGGGAUGCUGCUCUUCAUUCCUUCCUACAACUAGAAGCAAAAAGAGUCAACAUUUUUUAUUUCAUCACUGUCAUGUACUUAAUCUUCAGAAAGAGAAAGAGUAAUUCUACUCAUUGUAGUUUGUGGACGAUCUCUGUAACGAGGACAAACGCGUGUCAUGAAGACAGGGGUUACAUGCCUUCAGCAAAUAGAAUUUUACAGUUAGUGAUGUUCCAGCAAGAACCCGCACCAGGCAUAAAGCAGAAAGGCAUUUUUACACAGAAACGCACACUGUAAACUAUGUAAUCAUGAUUAGCCAGCAUGAAUGAUACAACAAAUAGAAAGAAUAAGAUGGUAAACUAACUACGCACCAUGAGGCGAUCAUUAUUCAUCGUAAUCUUUCGUUUUCUAGUAAUUUCAGUCCGUUGGAGAUCCAUCCGCUCUACAUUGACUCACAUUUAUUCAUUUUUUUGGCAAUAUCAGGAUCGUAUAGAAAAUUUGGGACAUUCCUAUCUGGCAAUCCGAUAAUUUAUCUAGUCUAGCAAUCUGAAGAUACUGGAGCACCAGAGUACGCAACAUUUUUAAAUUUCAAUGAAGCAAAAUUAGACGCUUGGGGUUCCGGUUCGUUGGUGUAAUGUUUUGUUCCUUAUGUAUGUUUGUUUAAUAUUUCAUUGGUGAUCUAGAUCGUAUCUCGUUUCUAUCUUCGCCCUAUACUUCCCAUGGCAUUGUGGAUCACUGUCAUUAGAGCAGUGACUUUUCAGAUAGUCAGUCUCUUGAUUAAUAUAUAUAGAUACAACGAGGGCAUUAUCUCGCAGUUUUUUCUCAAGAAAAUGGAAGGAAAAAAAUUGACCUCAUCGUCAUGACUUUCAGUCGAAAGUGUCUAUUUAUGUCAUGGGAUUAUUCAAAAUUGUUCUUAUAAAUUGAUCUAGUUGUCACUGUUGUAGAGACGCAGACCCUGCGCCACAGGGUCUCGUCUCAACGCGAUGUGGUCCUCAAUGCUUCAUGUUUGUAGUUGUCAGUUCUCUUCCACCGUUCGGAUCAACAACUACAGCACAGAUAUCUCAUUCACGAGCAUCUUAUUCACGAGCAGUUUGUUGUAAUACUAUCUUCGAGUAGAUGAUGGAGCAGGAUCGCCGCGCACCAAAAUGGAAUUUCGAUUAUCAUCCUUUUGUAACAAGCCCCCUAUGGGUGCCGCAACUUUUUCGGGCAGAUGUCCGUCUGAAAUCUGACAACAUCUAUCGGGAUUUUACCAAACAUUAUAAGCGCAACUUAAGGCUCCACAUACUUACGCUGUUUGAUCCACAUCGAUGAGACGAAGGAAAACAAGCGCUCUAAGUUUGCAUACCAUGACGGGGAAGCCGACAAGGACGGAAGCCAGGUGGCCAUGGGCGAUAGG